ACGAUUGCCGUAUUGUGUAUUAUCAAUAAUGAUGAUAAAAAUGUAACUUCGUCAAUUCUUGCAACAGAUGAACAGAUUACUUUUUUAAACAAGGAAUUCGAUAAAUUUUGUAUUGUAAUUUUAGAAGAAAAUGUCGCGAAAAAGGAAAGAAAUUUGUAUAGAAAAAUCUUUGGAUGAUUAUAUUGACGCAUGUGUCAACAAUAUAAGUUUAUUUGACCGUUUUUCCGAAGAGAAAUCCGAGAAGCGCAGUACAUUGCAAAAUACGAAAUGCAGCUCAGACUUUCAAAGAAACACUACCACCGCCAAUGCUCCUGGUAAACGACUCGGCAGGAAUUUUAAAGAUAUUACGAAUAAUCAGAAAACCAUCCCUCCAAAGACAGCGAAAUUGACAUCGAAGAAAAACUUGAAACUGGGAAAGUGUCAACUGUUCAGGAAAAAUUUUCGAUCCGAAAUUUUCAGAUUGAAAAUACGAUGUUUUCGUCUCGAAGAUGCUUUAGCCAACUUGAGAGAAGAAAUCAAGCAACAGGUUGAAGAGUGCUUCGUUACACGAGCAAAUACUGCCGGAAAUGUUGCGAGAGGUAUUCAAAACUCGACUUCAUCGAUUAACGCUUCUUCAGAAAAUUCGAGGCACAAUCUUUGUAAUUCGGAGGCACGAACUGAUCAACGUUCUGAAGAAGAUGCACUCGUAGAAUCUGCCGAACAAGUUCUCGAAGAUGGUUACACUACGGAUUCGAGCAUGCCUUCCUUACAAAUAUCGAGUGACGAUGACCCGGAUCAUAAUAUAGAAGAAAACCCUGAACAAUUUUCCAAAGAAGUAACACAUGCGAAACAUACUGAUGAAGAUAAUCAUUCUCCAAAUUCGACUAUUCCUCCCUCAGAAAAAAGGAAUGAGACUCGUAACGCAGAUGAGGUGCAAACUCGAAAACGUUCUUCUGAAAAAGCAGGAUACUCAAAACAUGAAGAAAAUGUUAGCCGAGGUCCGAUUACUCGCUCUGCAAAAAAAAGUAAAAAUCUUUCAAGCGUAAAAAAGUCAACGAAAAACUCCAGUAAUGUUUCAAACAAGGUAGUGGUACGAAUGCGGAAUUCAUUUCCCUAUCGCUGCGAUAUCUGUGGUGCAAUGUUUUCCUACAAACGUGAUUGGACAAGACAUCAGCAGCGAGAACAUACGAAGCCGUUUCACUGCCAAGUCUGUGACAAACAGUUUGCUUAUAAAAGCUCCUUAAUUGAACAUGGAUUUUCACAUGAUGAAAAAAAAUGCUACAAAUGCCGCCUUUGUGACACACGAUUCAAGCACAAUUACAGUAAAUUGAGGCACGAAAGCAUGCAUGUGGAUAGAGCUUGUUUCGAGUGCCCUGAUUGCGGAAAAAAGUUUUCCUAUAAACAUAAUCUCAUUACACACCUGAAACUACAUUCCGGUGUGAAACCGUUUUCUUGUCAAACGUGUAGCGAAAGUUUUGCUCAAAAAGGCAAUCUCACUCGGCACCAACAGACGCAUAGUGAAGAUAACCCGUUCAAAUGCCGCAUAUGCAACCAACAAUUUAAGGAUAAAAGCAGUUGCACAACACACGAAAAUAUCCAUGUGGAGGGCCCUCGUUUUGAGUGUGCCCAUUGCGGCAAAAAAUUCACCAGCAAGCUCAACUUAGCCAAUCAUAUAAAUGUACAUUAUAAAUAUCAAUAACUGAGAACUUAUACCUACCUUUCUAAAUUGUGUAAAGAUUCAAAUUUGUUUUCA